GAUCGCCAGUGCGCUGUGUCCCUCGGACACAGCAGAUCACGGAAAGAGCCGAAGAUGUCGGCUCGGUCAUGUGAUCAGCUGUGUCCAAUCACAGCUGAUCACAUGGGACAUGUACACUGAUCAUCAGGGCGAUGAUGAGUAGUGUGCCCUGAUGAUCAGUGUGGCCCCAGAAGUGCCACCUGUCAGUGCCCAUCAGUGCCACGUGGUAGUGCCCAUCAGUGCCACAUCAAUGCCACAUAUCAGUGCAUACCAGUGCACAUCAAUGCCACAUAUCAGUGCCAAUCUGAGCUGCCUUUCAGUGUCACCCAUCAAUGCCAAUCAGUGCCACCUAUCAGUGCCAGUCAGUGCCGACUAUCACUGCCAGUCAGUGCCGCCUAUCAGUGCCGCCUAUCAGUGUCAUGUAUCAGUGAUGCCUGUCAAUGCCCAUCAGUGCAACCUAUCAGUGCCACCUAUCAGUGUCCAUCAGUGCAGCCUAUCAGUG